AUGAAAUGUUUAUAUAUAAAAAAGACUGAAGAAGUAUGGCAAAUAGGAGCUCGCCUUAUGUUUAGUAAAGCCGUGUACAAUGGAAGAUCAGAAGAUUCGUGUGCCAAAGGUUCUACAUUUGACUUUAACUCGCAUUGGUUCGAGCAGGUCCCAAAAGAAAUACUACGAGAGUACAGUAAUGAGACAUCAUGGCGGUUUUGGAGGAAGCGGCGGCUUGUGGUGGCGCUGCUUGCGUUCUUUGGAUUCUUCAACGUGUACGCCUUGAGGGUCAACCUUUCUGUUGCGGUGGUAGCCAUGACGGAGCCGAUAGAGCACGUUCUGGAUAAUGGAACUAUUGUUUAUGAUUCCCGCGGCACCCAAGCGGUGGAAGGGUCCAAGAUUCGACACCCGUGGCGUGAAAUAUUGACCUCUGGCCCCGUCUGGGCCAUUGUUAUGGCCCAUUUCAGUGAGAAUUGGGGAUUUUAUACGUUAUUGACGUUUUUGCCGACAUUUAUGCAAGACGUUUUCAAAUUCGAGACGUCCCAGACGGGGUGGCUAUCCGCGGUGCCUUACCUGGCGAUGGCUAUCGUAUUGCAAGUGGCAGGCCACAUGGCGGACUGGCUGCUGCGCAUGCGCAUCAUGUCGAGGACCAAUAUACGAAAACUCUUCAAUUGCGGGGCUUUUCUUGCUCAGACUGCAGAACAAUGGCGGAUAGUUUUUUUCAUAUCGAGCGCUAUCUAUCUAAUCGGUGCAAUAGUUUACUACAUUUUCUGCUCGGCGGAGAGACAACCGUGGGUCGUGGAGUUCGAUAAUGACGCGAGUUUUGAUACAGACGCAGCAUCCGUCACCACAGCGAGGGGCGUCGACAAUAAGGCUUUAGAUAAUUCGGAGAUUUAA